GCUCCAUAUAUUUGAAACUUUAAACCCAUAGAAGCCUUUUAAAACAGGCUGACUCGUUUCCUAUAGCGUCAUGCACGAAUAAGCAGAGUGGUGUAGUGGGUUUGUUUAUAUGCUGCUGUGUGUUUUAGGUAAUUUUUAAUUUAUUAGGCAUGGCUUCGUCAAUGUGGUCACAAUUUUCAUCAAAAGUUAAAGAUUUCGACGCGUAUCCGAAAACUUUGGAAGAUUUUCGCAUAAAAACGAUAUCUGGGGCAACGGUAACGUUAAUUUCAGGAACUAUUAUGCUUCUACUCUUUCUGUCGGAGUUAAAAUACUAUUUAACCACUGAAGUCAACUCCGAACUAUUCGUGGAUAUGUCUCGAGGCAAUAAACUGUCUAUAAAUAUGAAUGUGACGUUCCCUCUGGUCCCGUGCGAGUUUUUAAGUCUGGAUAUGAUUGACGUGUCAGGGCAGAGGGAUAUAGACGUACAACAUACGUUAGUAAAGCAGCCUUUGAAUUCAGAUGGAUCUUGGGUCGCAGAAGCUGCUGAAAAAGUAGAUCUUGUUGGAACAAAGCCUGUUUUAAAUGCAACGGAACCACCGCCUGCAGAUUACUGUGGGAGUUGUUUUGGAGCAGAAACAAAAGACAUGACUUGCUGUAAUACUUGCUCUGAUAUAAAGGAGGCAUACAGAAGAAAGGGAUGGGCAUUUCCUAGAGAUGGAUCAAUUACACCAUGCAUUGGGGAAGAUGAUGAUAAAGAACCAGUGGGGUCUGGGUGUUAUUUACACGGUCACUUAGAAGUGAAUAGGGUCGCUGGAAACUUCCAUAUUUCUCCUGGCAAAAGUUAUGAAGUGGGACACAUGCAUGUUCAUGAUAUGGCACGGAUGGGAAAGUAUAAAGAAUCUAAUGUUUCUCAUGUAUUUAACCACCUAUCUUUUGGUAGCACCUACCCAGGCCAAGUUCAUCCCUUAGAUAACCUAGAAGUAAUUGCAUCAGAAUCCUCUGUAGCGUUCCAAUAUUAUGUGAAAAUCGUUCCCACCACUUAUGAGAAGUUAAGUGGAGACACUUUUCACACGAAUCAGUUCUCAGUUACCCGUCACCAAAAGAGAAACAAGGACUCCCGCGAGUCGUUACCUGGCAUGUUUGUAUCAUAUGAACUUUCACCCAUGAUGGUAAGGUAUGUUGAAAGGAGAAGAUCCUUCGUCCACUUUUUAACGUCAGUUUGUGCUAUUAUUGGUGGUAUUUUUACUGUCGCAGGUCUAUUUGAUUCAUUUAUCUACCAUGGUUCUAAAGCUCUUCAGAAAAAAAUUGAGCUUGGAAAAGCUUUCUAAUUUUAGCUUUAUAGGUCGUUUUAAUUCUGAUAGCCAUUGUGACUUCAUACUUGCGGUACCUAACUAUCCACAAUAUAAUAUAAACUUCCAAAUAAACAAAAACUGUACAUCACUAACCAUCAUAUAUCAGACUUUCAAAUAAACCCAAGAAAACUGUUUAAAAGUAAUCAAUCAUUAAACCUAACUGUACUUAAUGUAGGAUGUUGUUUUAAGAUUUGUAUUUUAAAAGAUCACUCACUGUAUCAGAUAAAUGGAGAACAAAAUUAUAUAAAUGUUCUGUUUUAAUUCGGUACAGCCAAUAUUUUAGGAAGCUGACAGCUUCAGAAGAUUAAAGAUAAAAAAGUACUAGCAUAUAUAUAUACGAAUCAAAAUUGUAAUAUUAUUUACUUUCAGAACAUAUCCAAAGCCAAAGGAACCAUCUUUUAAUAAAAUAAAUUUAUUU